AUGGCUGCCCUCGAAUCUCUCUCCCAGUCAGCCGACGCACUCGACGACCUGGCCGCCAAGCUGAGAGGCCAGGCUCGAGAGCUACGGGCGGCCGUCAAAACCGGCGACCAAGCAGCGGUGCGCAGGCGCCGGUACGAGGCGCUGGACGCCGCGCAGGAGAUCGUGUCGCUGCUUAAGGACCCGUCGGAGCAGUGGGCAGACACGCUGCAGAGCGCGUCGCUGGCGGCCGUUGUGCGGCAGUUCCAGGAGUGGAAGGUGUUUGAUGCCAUUCCAACGGCGCCGGGGGCCAGCAUAUCGUACGAGGAGCUGGCGGGAAAGACUGGGGUGCAAAUGCAACUGCUGCGCAGGAUGGCAUGGAUGACGGUAUCUGUAGGGCUUCUGAGGCAGGAGAGCGGUGAUCGCAUCUCCCACACCCCUAGGUCGCUCAACUAUCUUGAGGGCACACACGGAGCAGACUUUCACAAAACUUUGUACAGCUUGGCGAUCAAGGCAUUCGCGUCUCUGUCCGAGUAUUUUGCCAAGUACGGGCCGCAUGAGCCCCAAGAGCAGAACCAUAUCCCGGCCACCUUCGCCGUGGGGUCGCCGGAGCUCACCUUUUGGGGCCACCUGGAGCGGCACCCGGACAUGAUCGCGGCAUUCAUGCACAGCAUCGCGCCUGCAGCGGCCAGGAUGCCCAUUACGGGCAUCUACGACUUUGGCUGGGUGGCCGAGGAGGCCAAGAGGGACACGGGAGGGGAUCGAGUGCUGAUCAACGACGUCGGCGGCGGUACGGGCCACUGCAUAGUCGCCAUCCAGGCUGAGAACCCGGCUAUACCAAAGGAGAGGUUCAUGCUUCAGGACCAAUACCACAUCAUCGAUCAGCUGAAGAGGGAUACUCCCGAGUCUGUCAGGGGGUUCAAGCUUGCGGGCUUGGACUUCAACAAGGAGUCGCCUGUAGAAGGCGCCCUGAUCUACUAUCUCCGGCGUAUCCUGCACGACUACUCGGACAAGCUGGCAGUAAACAUACUCAGAAACACGGUGGCGGUCAUGGCGCCCGACAGCAGGAUCCUCAUCGCCGAGGACUUGUCCACAAACCCGCCGCACCCGAUCACGGCCAUGAUGGACAUGCUGAUGCUGACGUGCGGCGGAAAGGAGCGGACAAUGGAGGAUUUCGAGGCCGUCAUCAAGGAGGCUGGGUUGAGGGUCAGCAGUGUCUCGAGGAGUGCAGAAUCGCCCAUGGCGGUCAUUGAGUGCGUCAAGGCUUGA